AAACACGGAAACGUCACAUUGAGGGUCUGCUGUGGAUAACAUCUCCUGCUGCUUUGCGUGUGGACCAGCAGAGUCCGAGGCAGGUUCGAGCAGCGCAUCCUCCUAGAGGAGCAGUGAAAGGUCGUGACCCCUCCGCGGACGCGCCGUCAGGUGAGUCCCGGUCAUUAUGGGGACAAACCGCCGCACCUGUCCUCACAGUUUGAUGUGAGGAAUGGAGACGGCCGGAGGAGGAGGAGGAGGAGGAGGAGGAGGAGAUAUGGACGGUGUGAUCAGCGUCAGCUCGGAGGACACGGACGACUCGGACGUGGAAGUGGUAGGAGUCAACAACCGUUUUACUGACAAUGCCGAGCCGCUGUCCUCCGUGCGCGUGGACACCGUCACCGUCAACACCGACUAUUAUGUUGACCUUACGGAUCCACGAUGGUCUCUUCCACAUCUCAAGCUGCGCAGAAGACACAAUUCACACUCUGAAGCCGUCAUAGACUUGACUGAGACUGACCCGGAGACGGAGAAUGUACCACACGACUGUCAAACGGACAAAGAAAUUACGGUUUUAGACAUCUCAGAGGAGGAGGAUGCUCGCCAGGAGAAUACCUCUGUUGAAGACGCCACGGUUCCAGCUCCAGUUCAAGACUGUGAGCCAGUGAGUCCACAAAAGGAAAACCAGCAGCAAAACUCUGACAUCCAUCCUCGUCAUCACAGGCCGGUCAUCAGGUUGACACGUUUGCCUUUUCUUGAAACUCACUUAGCAGAGCUGCCAACAUCCAGGUGCUCCAUUGAUUUAAGCAAAGCCUGCACACAAAUGUCACUGUACCAGGAAGAAAUGAGCAACAUCGGCAUAACCCAACAUAGUUCUGCCGAUUCAAGGACUGCUGCGUCAGAUGUUCAAAGGACGGAGUCUUCAGUCAGCCGCAGUCCCCCUGUGGAUGUGGCUAUGUCUCACAUGGGACUGGAACAACGAGAACACUGGAAGGAGGUUGCAAGGACAAAAUUACAAACUCAAGAAUCCCAGCAUCCACAGAGCUGCACUGAGCCUUGUUGCUCGGAGAGAAAUGUUGCAGCCUCACCAGACACAAACAGUGUUGACGACAUAAAGACUGACUGCUCUUCAUCCAUGAUUUCCUCUCCAGCUGCCUCUCCUUCUAAAGAUCAAGACAAGAGUGAAGUCCCCUGCUCUAAUAUAGAACCACUGGAAAGAAAAGAAGCAGUGUCCCGCCAAAGCCAUUCCUCUUCCUACUCCUGGCGUUCCUCCCCUGUGAGACUGUCCGAAUCAGUCAGCCCGAAUCCUGGAGGGCAGUCAGCGGCUGAGCCGUACAGCGGCGACGCUUUUGGAAAUAACAGCCCGGUGUUUGUCCUGUGGCAGGACGGGAGUGACGAUGAGGAUCUGAGUGAGGAGAGGAGUUUUAGCAGGGAUUUCAGGGCUGUCACGGGAGAAAAUCGGCAUUACGUGUCUCCAGUUGCGUUAAAGAAAUUUAUGGCUCGACCAACUCAAGACCUGUUUGACUCGGAUGACGACGACGCCGGCGCUCCAGAGGAGUUGAGCCGUCAGACACUGAGUCAGGUUUACACCACCAUCGAAGUGAAUUACCCAGAAGGCACUCUGGAAAUGUUGUUUGACCUGCUUCAGCCUGGUUACUAUCUCCCCGGAGACAUCGCCGCCCACCUCCUCCACGGCAUCCUGCUCAACCGUCAGUGUUCCCAAUACCAGUGUGUGCAGGCCUUUAAUCUGCUAAUGAGGACACAGAGACAUCACAUGGCUGAUAACACCACAGUUCUUUGGGAGUGGGAAUUACUGACCUCUGUCAUGGCAAAUCAGGAGGGCACAGACAAGCACCGCAGUGAGAUUGUGCGCAUGUUUCUGGAGUAUAUUAUACAGACUUUGGAGGAUGACUUCCAUGCCAAGCAUGGCACAUCUGCCCUUCAGCACUCGAUUGCAAAGUCAACAUUGUCAUGUGAGCAGCAGUUUCCCCGGGUCCGGGACGUCAUCAAGUGGCUGUUUUCUGUCAUCACAAAAUCAACAGAAUGUGAGCAGAGCAACAGGAUGACCAAAGAGAGAGAUGAGCAUAUUCGAAUGGUGAAAGUGUUCCAGCGGAUGCUGUCUCUUGCUCUGGAGGUGGACCGCUGUCCCGCUCUGAGCGUUGCCAAGCUGUCCCAGGAGCUCUUCCACAUGCUGAUCAGCAAUGCUCCUCUGCGAGCUCACAGGCUGCUGUUGCUGGAGACGAUACAAAGCAAGCGGCUGAAGUGUAAGCUGUUGGAACAUCUGCUGGUUUAUGCGUCCCCGGUGAAGAUCUCUCUGCCCAUGUCGCUCAGUCUGCUGCUUCACUUUCUGAAGCACUCCACUCUGGUGCCGGACCCCUCGGAUGGAACAGAGACAUGGAAGAAGUGGGACGAGUUGAUGCAGCUUUUUUGGAUGCUGCUGCUCAGCUAUAACAAGGCAAUGAAAGGUUAUUUAUGCAGCUCAAAAAAGGAUCAGAGAAGCAAAGUCAGCACGUUGGUCUACAAGCCGCAUGACGUGAUCUCAGCCCCCGCCGUGAGAGAGGCUGUGGAGGCCUUCCUGUCCAGAUCCAGGUCGGACCUGGGAGAAGCGCUGCCUCCUCACGUGGAGGAGUCCCUCACUUAUCUGCAGGAUCACCUGCUGGAUGCAUGUCAGCGUGAAGAUCAAAAGACUCCCGCUCUCUAGUUCCCCUUGUUUUAUUCGGAGAGCGUACUGUAAAUUUAUUUUUGUUCUCAAUAAGCUCCUACUGUUUUUGUAAUUUUAAAGGCUGUGCCUCGAUGUGUUUUGAAAUGUAUGAAAUAUAACACAUCUCACCUUUC